UUUAGUUCGUGGAACAUGAGCGAACAGUUAGCGAUAAACAAGCAGAGCCAGACAAACGUGGCGACGGUACAGUUCGUAAAGAAGUUCAACAGUUUGUCUUCAUGACGCAGCAUGACUGCAUCUCACGUUAAAGGCUGUGGGCUCACUAGGAGAAGUCUUGUGGUCACGUCCAGCUUUCACCUGACAGAGUGACACCUGUGGCGCACCCACCUGUUCUGUCAUGGCCACCUUCUCAGAAUACAUUGCCCAAAAUGAGGAGCGUGAUGGUGUUCGGUUCAGCUGGAACGUGUGGCCUUCCAGCCGGUUGGAGGCCACCCGAAUGGUGGUACCAGUGGCUUCUCUCCUCACACCGCUGAAGGAGAGAACCGACCUCCCCCCAAUUCAGUAUGAACCAGUUCUCUGCAGCCGAGCCACGUGCCGUGCAGUUCUCAAUCCGCUCUGCCAGGUGGACUACAGAGCCAAGCUGUGGGCAUGUAACUUCUGCUACCAGAGAAACCAGUUCCCUCCAUCCUACGCUGGGAUAUCGGAGGUGAACCAGCCCGCUGAGCUGCUGCCUCAUUUUUCUACUAUUGAGUAUGUUGUCCAGCGGGGCCCUCAGAUGCCACUGGUCUUUCUGUAUUUAGUGGACACAUGCAUGGAGGAUGAGGACCUGCAGGCUCUAAAGGAGUCCCUGCAGAUGUCCUUGUCUCUCUUGCCCCCAACUGCUCUGGUUGGACUCAUUACCUUUGGACGCAUGGUUCAGGUCCAUGAGCUGGGCUGCGAGGGGAUUUCAAAAAGCUACGUCUUUCGGGGGACCAAAGAUUUGAAUGCCAAACAGCUGCAGGAGAUGCUCGGCCUUACUAAAUCUUCUGGUGCUCAGGGACGAGGCCCUCAGACUCCUCAGCAGCCUCUGUCCAACAGGUUUCUCCAGCCUGUGCAGAAGAUCGACAUGAACCUCACAGAUCUUCUGAGUGAGCUUCAGCGAGACCCCUGGCCCGUCACGCAGGGCAAGAGGCCGUUACGCUCUCUGGGGGUAGCCAUGUCCAUCGCAGUGGGACUUCUGGAGUGCACCUUCUCCAACACCGGUGCCCGCAUUAUGACCUUCAUUGGGGGCCCAGCAACUCAAGGGCCAGGCAUGGUGGUGGGGGACGAGUUGAAGACCCCCAUCAGGUCCUGGCAUGACAUUGAGAAAGACAAUGCCAAGUUCAUGAAGAAAGCUACCAAACAUUUUGAGGCUCUCGCCAACAGAGCAUCCACAAACGGUCACAUCAUCGACAUAUACGCCUGUGCUCUCGAUCAGACGGGCCUCCUGGAGAUGAAAUGCUGCCCCAAUUACACAGGAGGGUACAUGGUGAUGGCCGACUCCUUCAACACAUCUCUGUUUAAGCAAACCUUCCAAAGAGUUUUCACCAAAGAUGUACAAGGUUCCUUCAAGAUGGCGUUUGCUGCCACACUGGAGGUCAAGACGUCCAGGGAAAUCAAAGUCUGUGGAGCGAUUGGUCCCUGUGUGUCCCUGAGCACCAAAGGGCCCUGUGUAUCAGAGAACGAAAUUGGGACAGGAGGAACCUGCCAGUGGAAGAUCUGUGGUUUGGAUCCAAGCACCACUCUGGCUCUUUACUUUGAAGUUGUGAACCAGCACAACGCUCCCAUCCCUCAGGGCGGUCGCGGAGCCAUUCAGUUUGUCACUCAGUACCAGCAUUCAUCAGGACAGAGACGCAUCCGGGUCACCACCACUGCCAGGAAUUGGGCCGAUGCCCAGACCCAGAUCCAGACUAUUGCAGCGUCUUUUGACCAGGAGGCAGCAGCCAUUCUGAUGGCAAGGUUGGCCGUGUACCGAGCAGAGACGGAAGAGGGACCGGAUGUCCUCAGGUGGCUGGACAGACAGCUGAUCAGACUGUGUCAGAAGUUUGGAGAUUACCACAAAGAUGAUCCAAACUCCUUCCGAUUCUCUGAGACCUUCUCCCUCUACCCUCAGUUCAUGUUCCACCUGCGGCGCUCUCCGUUCCUGCAGGUGUUCAACAACAGCCCUGAUGAGAGCUCGUACUACAGACACCACUUCAACCGGCAGGACCUGACGCAGGCUCUCAUCAUGAUCCAGCCUGUGCUCUACGCAUACUCCUUCAAUGGACCCCCAGAGCCGGUGCUGUUGGACAGUAGCAGCAUCCUUCCAGACCGAAUCCUGCUGAUGGACACCUUCUUCCAGAUUGUCAUCUACCACGGAGAGACGGUGGCCCAGUGGAGGAAGGCGGGGUACCAGGACAUGCCAGAGUACGAAAACUUCAAGCACCUCCUUCAGGCUCCAGUGGACGAUGCCCAGGAGCUGCUGCACACUCGCUUCCCCAUGCCGAGAUAUAUUGACACGGAGCACGGCGGCAGCCAGGCUCGCUUCUUGCUCUCCAAAGUCAACCCAUCGCAGACCCACAACAACAUGUAUGCCUGGGGUCAGGAGUCUGGAGCUCCCAUCCUCACUGAUGACGUCAGCCUACAGGUGUUUAUGGAUCACCUGAAGAAGCUCGCUGUCUCCAGCGCUGCUUAACUCCCUCUCCUCCUAUACUGUCUACCUGUUUGACCUGCCUGAGGCUCCAUGAACAAGCAUUCUGUCUGUCGUCACCUGUCUGCCUGCAGCAGACAGCACACACAACCAAGUGUUCCUCUCAUGGUUUAAAUCUGCUGCUCUGACGCCGUUCACAGAGAAGCACUCCACGUCUGAUGGAAAAGUUAACAGGAGGCGGAGCUUUAGUGUCACCUGUCUCUGUUUUUAAGGUGUUAAUUCAACCAUCUUGAUAAAUCUUCUCAUGAUGGGAACCAUCUGAGCAGCAAAGUCAGAAAUGCAGUGAACUAUCACAGUUUGUGUUGUUUUCCAGGAAGAAUUUUGAUCGGAAACAUUUUAAUUAUCUGACUGAUAUAAAAACCCUUUGCUCCGUUUCCUGUUUCUCUUUAGUUUGAUUUUGUUGACAAACACUAAACAUUAUUUUGUCUGUUGUUUGAUUCUAUUAAAGCUGUGAGAGCAUG